CGGCCUCCUCCUCGCCCGCCCUCCCAUGGGCUCUGCUCUGCCUGAGCGCUCGUGGGCGCAGAGAAGGGCAGGCCCCCGAAGGGCACUCAUCCCGUCCUGGGGGGCCCCACCCUCAGGACGUCAUCCAAACCUCCUUACCUCCUAAUACCGUCCCCUUGGGGAUCAGGACUUCAACAUGUGAAUUUGGUGGGGAGGACACGUUCAGGCCGUCGUGACCCAGGCCUCUGAUUCGCCCCGACCGUCGGAUUCAUGCUCACAAUGGAGCUGUCCCUGCAAGGCCGAGGUCACCGGAGCAAGGAGAAGUGCGCCAGAAUCCCAGCCUCCCCUCCCAGCUCUGGGCUGAGAGAACCAGGAGGCCUCCUGCUUGGCUUUGCCAGGCCACGUGCACUUUCCUGGCCAGCCGCUUUGGCCGAAAGGACGAGGCCACUACGAUUGGCCCGGGCAGAUCACAAGCUCAUGCGGUCACAUGGCCGCCAGGAAGCUGGCGUGGGGAGGAAGCCUCCUGAGCGCCAUCGUAGGCACCUCGCGCGACGCAUGCCUGCUGCAAAGCGACCCGGAAGCGGAAGCGGAUGCCGUGGGGCUGUGCGGAGCCCUCGCUGGCGGGAGACUCCUUGGUGGCGGGGCUGGAGAUAGUUCAGGGCACUUACUUUGCAAGGGGUUGAAAGCUGUGCGAUGGCAUUUUGUCAACCAGAAAUGCUGUUUGUUACUAUUAGGACAGAGGCGGGAUGCCCCGGUGCUGUGGUUUCGCUGCCAUUUACUUUAAAAUGCUUCAGCGCCAAAAGAGCGAUCUGAAUAAGUGUUGACCACCCACCGCCUGCCUAUCCAGCUGCUGAUUCCGGAGGAUGGGGGCCAACCCGAGUCUCACCAGCUGGGUCUCCAAUCCCGCUGCGAGAGGACUGUCACAUUGGCUUCAGCUUCUGGCUGUUUCAGUUUCUUGGAGCACAACGUGCAAGAGGGAAGCAUCAUUUCUGCCUCAAGACACACAGGAGGUGUAGAUAUAGAUGCUCUCCAUGUCUAGAUGGAGCCCUCAGGCAUCCCAGAGUCCACCACUCCUUUUGACUAUGACGAUCAGAGCUUUCUGUGUGAGAGCAAGAACUUCGCCUUUGCCACCCUCAGCACCACCAUCCUGUACUUCCUGGUGUUUCUCCUCAGCCUGGUGGGCAACAGCCUGGUGUUGUGGGUCCUGGUGAAGUUCGAGAGCCUGGAGUCCCUCACCAACGUCUUUAUCCUCAACCUGUGCCUCUCAGACGUGGCCUUCUCCUUCUUGUUGCCGGUGUGGAUCCUGGGGUACCACUGGGGCUGGGUGCUGGGGGACUUCCUCUGCAAGCUCCUCAACAUGAUCUUCUCCAUCAGCCUCUACAGCAGCAUCUUCUUCUUGACCAUCAUGACCGUCCACCGCUACGUGUCGGUGGUGAGGCCCCUCUCGUCCAUGCGCGUCCACACCCUCCAGUGCCGCGUGCUGGUGACCGCGGCCGUGUGGGCGACCAGCAUCCUGUCUUCAAUCAUCGAUGCCAUCUUCCACAAGGUGUUUCCUUCGGGCUGCAACUAUUCGGAAGUCAGAUGGUUCAUAGCCUCGGUCUACCAGCACAACAUCAUCUUCCUGCUCUCCGUCGGGAUCAUCCUGUUCUGCUACGUGGAGAUUCUCAGGACCCUGUUCCGCUCGCGGUCCAAACGGCACCACCGGACGGUCCGGCUCAUCUUCACCAUCGUGGUGGUGUACUUCCUCAGCUGGGCUCCCUACAACCUGAUCCUGUUUCUACAGACACUGCUGAAACUCGGGGUCAUCCAGAGCUGCGAGUUCAUCCAGCAGCUGGAUUACGCCUUGCUCAUCUGCCGCAACGUCGCCUUCUCCCACUGCUGCUUCAACCCGGUGCUCUACGUCUUUGUCGGGGUCAAGUUCCGCAGGCAUCUCAAAAGUCUGCUCCGGCACUUCUGGCUCUGCCGGCAGCAGGCGUCCAGCAUCCCCCCUCACACCCUGGGCCCCUUCAACUAUGAGGGCGCCUCCUUCUUUUGAAAGGGAGUUCGGUGGUGCAGGAAGGAGCACCGUGGAGGGCACCGUGGGGAAUGCCAAGGCCAUGGGGCUGGGGGCCAAAGCAGUACCUUUCCACCAGCAGGUCCCACUUGUCGCCCCUUCUGCAGAAAGUGGCUCCCAGCUGGAAACGUUAUACUGCCGUCCACAAAAACAAGCCUUGAAUUCUGACUUCAUCACUCUUGCCUUUAUUAAUUCAUUCGCUUAGACAUCGCUUCGUUCAGAAGGCUCUGAGACUUGAAGGAGUCCCAGAAAGGAGGAUCUUCCAAGACUUCAUGAGGGUCCGAGACUCAGUCCUUUCCAGCAGGUGCUACUGGCCUAAUUCUUAAAACUGGACCUUCAGUCUUCCCCAGCCAAGUAAAACGCCCCCAAGCCUGGCCACCCAAGUGCAAAUACGUCAUGGAACCUGUAGCCGGAGGUGAAGAGGAGAAGGCUUCACAUGCUCUCUAAGCUCCAGCCGAGGGCGGUUAUUGGUAGCUACUUUAUUCAACAAGCAUAUAUUCCGUGCUUCCCAUGUGCAAAGUCCCACUCUGGGGACUGUGGAAGACUCUGGAAUUCAAGGAGUUACAGCCGAAUGUACCUAACUGGGGUGCACGUCAGAAUCACCUGGGCAGCUUUUCCAAAGGCCCCGCUCUGGAACUAAAUCAGGUUUACAGACCGGGACCAGGUUUGUUGUAUGGAAAGGUUAGAAGGUGGCCUUCAUGUACGUCCUUGGGAUGUGAAGCUAUGGGACAGCGUAGGAGGCAGGCAUGUGUGCUGCUAACCAAAAAGCAAGGUCAAGUGACAGCCAUUGCCACAGAGACGAAUAAGCGUGGUGCUCAGAGAGUGUAGACUAGGGAAGAAAGGUUAAUAUCGGUAAACUAGCCUCCUGGGGCAAGAGGCACGUGCCCCCCAGGCGUGGCCCCCCAAAAUACAUACGUUGGAAGAAUAGUGACACCUGUCAUUCUUUGCUCCCACUCAUACACAGUGAUGGAACACCAGGGCCCAUGCCUAGCAGGUCGGAAGAGCAGGUUCCUGCCCGCAGGAAGUUUGGGAAAGUUCCUUGGUGCCAACUUGCAGGGGCCCGGAAAGACUUCCUGAGGUGUUGGGGCUCUAUCUGCAAGAGAUGAGGAGCCGCUGAGGGUCCUGAAGCACCCCGGUGUCCAUUCAGAGCACACUGGGUGGGGAAAGAGAUGCUGAGGAAGCGAGGUCAUCUGGGGGUGGAACCACGGACACGCAGCCACCGUGGGCAAGAACAACUCUGAGGGAAUGGGGGAAAGGCAGAGUCAGCAGGACUGGGCCGUGGGGGUGGAGGAAGGGGAAGCGCAAGACUCAAAGAUGACUCAGGUUUGGAAUGGGCGUGGCCAGGGAAGGCGGGUGCCACCCACCAGGCAGGUGGAGAACAUUCCUGGUGACAGUGAUGAAUCUGAAGGGUCAGCUCAAUAUGCACCCUGAGAGCAGGAGGUGUUGCAGGAACCUUCACCCUGGGUGCCAUGGGCAAGGUGGGUGUUUACUUAUCUGGACCUUUGGAGCUGGGCUCUUGGCAUUCGGAGGGAGGCAGUGGUAUCUCGUCAUCUUUAUAUCCUCCAAGUAAAUGCUUCAUGCAGAAGGUGGCACUUACUCCAUUCGUUCCUUCCCCCAAAGAAUCACGGGCCAAAUAUGCAGGGGCCGGCUCAUGUGAAAGAAGCUGGGGCUAUGAUAUGCAACACGUCUCCCAUCCAGUUGCGGGUUUUCAGCAGCCAGAUUGCACUCUGACUAUGCUUACUUUAGGAUGUGCUCACCUUGGCCCUGCAGACGGUCUCACCCGGCAGUCACCGAGGACUGAGCAGAGCCAACCCCUCCAAAACCAGCCGGCACAGCCGUCCGGUCAGGCAGGGGCCAGACCGUCUCACCAGCAGCCCGCCUCUGCACAGUUGUCAAACGCAUUGAGUCUGGGACCCUCAUGAAGGGAUAAAGCUCUCAUGGACUUGCCAGCCAAUAGGUGGGGACAUCACUCACCACGGACAGAAGAAACAGCAAAAGGAAAGAGGCAAUGAGGUAGUCGUGGCUCAGAGUUAAGCCUUCAGGCUUCUGAUCGGGGUAGUCGUCCAGCACCCCCUUCAAACUAGUAUUAUUAAAGUUUUGUUUGACUUUUUUUUUUUUUAAUUUUUUUUUAACAUUUAUUUAUUUUUGA